AUGGGUUUAUUACGUAAACUGAAUUUCAAUCAGUCUACCAUAUUUACUGUAUCAAAUUGGUUGUUACAUCCGUGGAGACGAACGUGUUUUUCGAAUAGUGACUCUGCACCGGAACCACCACAACGCUCCUACUGUUGUGGGACUGGAUGCCCGAAUUGUGUGUGGAUUGAAUAUGCAGAAAAUCUACUUCAGUACCACAUGAAGAGAAUCGAGAAGUCAAAUAAUGAGACUUGUAGUAAAGAUAAAGACGAAUUUUUGGGUGAAAUUGUAACACAACUCGAGAAAGAGAUUAAUCAGAUUGAAGAUUUAAAUUUAAGAACAUUCCUAUUAACUGAAGUAGCAGCAAAACGAAGGGAACUCCAAGAAGUACUUCAGAAUACUACAUAA